GUGUGGGAGAUACGAGAUGAAGAAGCCAACCAACAAGUUACUGUUCGAUACACCUGGAUGGACGAUACCAAAGGAGAACAUCAACUCGGAGAAGAAAGCCAAACGGAAGAAGAAUAGGAACAAACCAACGACUGAGCGACCAUCAUCAUCGGAACAGCAACAGGAAGACUCGCCCAGUCCCAAAAGACUCAAAAACUCACAUCCACACAAUAACAAACAGCAGCAACAACAACAACCUACAAAAAACCAGCCCAACGAGACACUCCAUGUGGGAACGCAUCAACUGGCCAAAGGAUUAUUGAAUUCGAACUUGAAUGGCUCCCGAUUUCGGAUUUUGAACGAGACACUGUACACCUCAACCGGCCCAGAAGCACUCAAACUAUUCCAAUCAAAUCCCAUCGAAGCAGCAGCAGAUGACGAAGAAGAAGAAGGCGGAGGAGAGCACAGGAUCAGACGGGAAGAGAACCCGAAUUUCGAGAUCUAUCAUCUCGGCUUCCGCUCUCAAACCAAACAUUGGCCCCAGAACCCCGUCGAUCUUAUCGCCCAUCAGCUCCAACAAGACCCGCAUCUCCAGAAAAUUCCCGGCCCGGUUCUGGUCGCCGAUCUAGGCUGUGGAGAAGCCCCUCUGGCUAAAUUGUUGUGCUCAUCUCCGUCAACCUCAAGCUCAAAUCAGAAAAAUUCUAAACCAAUCGCUCAUCACAAUCAAUUCAAAGUCUUCAGUUACGAUCUCGUCGCCGAUCGUGAAGGGUGGAUCACAGUGGCUGAAUGUUCUAGUCUAGUUCCAUUACCAGGCUCAUUGGAUGAUCGAGUCGGGAACGGGAUGAUGGACAUAGUGGUGUGUUGUUUGAGCCUAAUGAGUACGAAUUGGGUCGGGAUGAUUCUGGAAGCUCGUCGGAUCCUCAAGCACGAUGGGGAACUUCGGAUUGCAGAAGUGACUAGUCGGUUCGUCGAUGUUGAUCUUUUUGUCACCUUUAUUAAAUCGAUCGGGUUCUCGAAUCCCACUAAAGAUCAAUCAAACACCCACUUCAUCCUAUUCAAAUUCAAGAAACUUCCUCUGACUCUGGCCAAGAAUCAGCGAGACUCAUCUUCGGUUGAUCUGUUGAACCCUCAAUCCAAACUUGAACUGAUUCAAACCGGCCAAAAGCUGCUCAAACCGUGUAUCUAUAAGCGAAGAUAAAAGUGGACAUUCAAAUUUUAGAAUCCUCCCCCCUUUUCUGAUUCUUGAACAAGUCGUGGCUGUCCUUCAUCUUAAUCGCAUAACAUCAUCUUGAUUCUUGGAGUCUGUUUGGUUUAUGCAUAGUAUCUGGCAUGCUCGCAUCUAUGUUGAUUCCUGGACCUUGUGUUGGUAUCAUCAACCUGGCUUACUUUUUUCUGUAGCCAUCUAAUCAAAACUUCACAAAAGAGAAGUUGAAGGGAAUCUUCACAUGAUGUGUCAAAUAAACUCCCACUCAACUGCUUACAGUAUUGCCAGGAUGAUGAUGAUGGGAUUCCAGCCAUACAAGACCUUUGAUGAUAAGUCACACCUAAUUUGAAUUUCUCUGUAUAAACCUUCUACUAUCCAUGCAAUCAAAGGGAAAUUAGU